AUGAAGCCCGAACCCGGGCAUGAUCAGAUCUGGUCGCUGACAGGCGAGCUCCUGUGGGACAUCAUUGUAUUCCUGGACGGAAAGGCGUUGCUAAAUCUCGGAACCACGGCGAGCUACGUUCUCCUGACCUGCGAGCGCGCCAGGCUGCAACGAUGUCUUGUGCAGGUGAGAGCCCCUGUCAAGCGACCACAAGGCUCGAAACUUCGGCUCAGUGACGAUGGGCAUGUGAGCCGCCGCCUGUGUCCCCCACCACGGCAAAGGUAUGUCAUCAACUUCCUGCCGGUGCAGCAGUCCCUGGCGAAGCUCGCUCGGUUUUCAAAGGAGGGAGAUCGGCUUGCUCUGGGCAGCCUGCUCCCCUGGCUUGAGAACGGCGAUGCGUGCACUCGUGCUGCAGCCGUGCGUGCUGUGGCUCGUGUGGCUCGUCGUGAGGACCGCGAUGUGUUGGCGUCAUUGCUGGCAUGUUUGCGAGACUGUUCCUUCGGCGGGGCCGCCAUGACUGAGAUGGCGACUGCCCUGCGAUGCCUCGUCGCUCCCGGUGAUCCAGAGGUUGUGGAGCACAUCGCGGGGCUCCUGUCCAACGCAGCCUUCCCUGUGCGUCACGCGGCAUUGCAGGCACUGCCCCAUGUGGUGGCCAAAGGGGACGCAAAGGCCAUCGACAUGAUCCUUGCACGUGUAGAUGACAAGGACGUCGAGAUCCGAGAGGAGGCCAUCCGCGCGCUGGCCCAGGUUGCCAGCGAAGAUGACCAUCGGGCCCUGAACUGCCUCAUCCGCGGCCUGCGUGACGAGUCCAUCUACGUGCGGCGUGCUGCCCUGGAGGUGCUGCCCCUGUCUUCGUGA